CAAGAAUCAGCAGAAACUUCCUUCACGAACGCCAUGCCCCCCAAAAAGCCAGAACCCAAAAAGGAGGCACCCAAACCAGCAGCAGCCCCUCCACCUGCAGCACCGGAGCCCCCAAAGGAAAUCCCGUUUGACCCAAAGAGUGUGACUGUUGAGUUCACUGCUGAUCAAAUUGAAGAAUUCAAAGAGGCUUUCCAGCUGUUUGACCGCACCCCAACAGGAGAGAUGAAAAUCACAUACGGCCAGUGUGGGGAUGUACUGAGAGCUCUAGGUCAAAAUCCGACCAACGCAGAGGUGAUGAAGGUUCUAGGAAGACCCAAGCCAGAAGAAAUGAACACCAAACUGUUGGACUUUGAGACUUUCUUACCGAUGCUCCAACACAUCUCCAAAAGCAAGGACCAGGGUUCAUUUGAGGACUUUGUAGAAGGGCUACGCGUCUUUGAUAAAGAGAGUAACGGCACUGUUAUGGGUGCUGAACUGCGCCACGUGCUUGCCACCCUGGGCGAGAAACUACAAGAGAAUGAGGUAGAACAGCUGAUGGCUGGACAGGAAGAUGCCAAUGGAUGCAUCAACUAUGAAGCCUUCAUCAAGCACAUAAUGAUCGGAUAAAGCCUUUGAACAUGAUGGACGAUCCUCCUAUCGGCUUUCCUCCAGAAAAUGGAAUGGAAUAAGUAACCCUAGGUGUCCCUGAGAGGAAGAUACACCUAAAAGAUGAAGUUGUGCUCUUCAGAAAUGCCCAGUUCGGUUGUACAUUUUUUGGGAUUUUUUUUUUUCCCAGUGACUUUUCACCAAAUAAA